AUGCGAUGCUUUGGUCCUUCAGCAUUCGAAUGCGGGGCCUGGUAUCUCCAGGAUCAGAUUGCUGGAGAUGCCACAUCUUUCUCAAACUGCAUUCGAGACCAUGUCAAAAGUCCCGGAACUUUAAGCAAGCUCGAGUGGCUCUGGGACUCGGUCGUCAAUCCUAUUCUUAAUUCCCUGGGGUUUUACAAACCUUCGUCAUCCGAUCAGUUGCCCCACAUAUGGUGGAUUCCUACUGGCAUAGCAUCCCACCUUCCACUUCAUGCAGCCGGGUACCACCUAAAGUGCACUGGGGAAACGGCACUCGACAGGGUUGCUUCGUCGUAUGCUUCGUCCGUCAAAUCCAUCAUACACAGUCGAAGGCGGCCAUUUCAGCCUGCGUCGGACCGCCAAACUCGUCACUCGGUGGUCGUAUCUAUGAAAAACACGCCAAAGCUGGAACCUCUCAGGCAUGCGGACGCAGAAAUCGAUGAAGUGUUAGCUGCUUGCAAAUCUAUGGGAAUAUCGGGCAAACGUCCUCAAAAAUGCAAACCGGACCUUUCAUUGGCUUUACAGGACUGCGAAAUCUUCCACUUUGCAGGCCAUGGCGGCGCGGAUCAAUUGGAGCCGCUGCAUAGCAAGCUGCUUCUCGAUGAUUGGGAUUCGGACCCAUUUACGGUCGCGGCUCUGGAAUCCAAUCCUGCCUUGAACCCGCCAUUCCUUGCUUACCUUUCCGCAUGCGGGACUGGUCAAAUUCUCGACCAAAGCUCUGUGGAUGAAAGCAUCCACCUGGCCAACGCGUUCCAAUUGGCAGGGUUCCGCCAUGUAAUCGGCACGCUUUGGAGCGUCGAUGAUGCAUUAUGUGUAGACAUGGCGCGGAUUGUGUAUGAACUUUUGCAGAAACGAGGAAUGGACGACGAAUGUGUAAGUAGGGCGCUUCACCACGCAACCAGGACACUGCGAGACGGGUGGGUCGAUGCCACGGAUGUCGGUCGUGGGACGAGACAUGCUCAGAUCGACGCUGUAGCAAGCGAUGAGUUGGAGCGAGAACAACCACUUUGGGCUCCUUAUGUUCAUUUCGGCGUUUAGCUUGAUUGCUUCCAACCAUCGAUUCUACGGUGUUCAACUUUGUUUAUUUUACCCUAUCUUGACUCUGCAAUUAUUGCA